CGUGCCUCGUUACCCACAUCGGUUUUUCUGCUUGGGUUUCCCAUUGGUACGCCUUAUACGGGGCUGCGAGUACACUGGUUCAUCCACUUCAUUCAGUCUUGACGCCUUUCCCGCUUUCGCUCCGUCCUAGCUUGCGACUUAUCCGACAUCCCAUCCCUGGCAGAGACUAUUCGUGGUGCGCCAUCGUUGCCUACGUCUUUGUGGCCCUUCCCAAACAGUUCUUGUGUCAGAGUGACUUCUUUUUGUUGUUGCCCGUUUAUAGCUUCUAUUGUUAUAUCAGUUGCCGCAGUCUGUUAUCGGCAUUGUGAAUUCAUUUCGAGCAUCGUCGGGUCCCAUGAGCGCCUUCAAGGUGUAAGCCGGAUAAAAUGACCCAACUCUUGACUGCACGACAAGCCGAAGAGCUUCACAAGGCAAUUAUUGCGUACCUAUCGUCAAACAAUCUUCCAAACACAGCUGCUGCUUUGCGAGAAGAGUUGAACCUGGGCGACACCUUUGAUGCUACCACAGCUAAGAAAUAUGAAGGCCUUUUAGAAAAGAAAUGGACUAGCGUUGUUCGCCUCCAGAAGAAGAUCAUGGACUUAGAGUCAAAAACCGCGGCUAUGCAAUCCGAGCUAGAUAAUGCGACACCUACCUCCCUCUCCAAGCGAAACCAGGACCCUACCAGUUGGCUUCCACGAUCCCCGGCACGCCAUACUUUGCAAUCCCAUCGAGAACCUAUUACCUGCGUUGCUUUCCACCCUGUCUUCUCUUCUCUGGCAUCCGGCUCCGAAGAUUAUACCAUCAAGAUUUGGGACUGGGAGUUGGGAGAGCUAGAGCGAACAAUAAAGGGACACACAAAAGCAGUGCUGGAUAUUGACUUUGGAGGUCCGAGAGGAGGAACCUUGCUGGCUUCUUGUUCAAGCGACUUGACUAUCAAGUUAUGGGACCCUUCCGACGACUACAAGAACAUCAGAACUUUACCUGGACAUGACCAUAGCGUUAGUGCAGUUCGCUUCAUCCCAUCAGGCGCUGCAGGCGCACCUAGCUCCAGUAACUUGCUCGUUUCUGCCUCGAGGGAUAAGACGUUACGUAUAUGGGACGUAUCGACAGGCUACUGCGUCAAGACGAUACGAGGACACGCGGAUUGGGUGAGAGAUGUUUGCCCAUCGCCAGAUGGCCACUAUCUCCUAUCCUGUGGGAAUGAUCAGACUGCUCGACUGUGGGAUAUCUCAUUGGCAACUCCUGAAAGCAAGCUGACAUUGGUUGGCCACGAGCACACCCUUGAAUGUUGCACUCUGGCACCCCCCUCCGCAUACAAAUACCUUGCUCAAUUUGCCGGGCUGAAGAAGCCUCCACCAGCGACGAGUACAGUAGAAUUCAUGGCAACAGGAUCUCGAGACAAGUCAAUACGUAUUUGGGAUGCAAGAGGUAACUGCAUCAAGACUCUGGUUGGGCAUGAUAACUGGGUAAGGGCAUUGGUCUUCCACCCUGGAGGAAAAUACUUGUUGAGUGUGGCCGAUGACAAGACCCUACGAUGUUGGGAUCUGACGCAAGAAGGCAAAUGUGUGAAGACACUUGUAGACGCCCAUGGCCAUUUUGUAUCUUGUUUGAGGUGGGCACCAGGUAUUAUACGCGAACCAGCAACCAACGGAUCGGCCGAAGGACAGAAUGGCAGCCUGGUGAAUGGUCCCGCCAAAACUGCCACGGCGGACGUGCAGGUCAGAUGUGUUAUUGCGACAGGGAGUGUGGACUUGAAUGUGAGGAUCUUUGCCAACUGAAAAUCACAAACGCGGUACCCACACGACAAGGCUUGGAAAGAUGCGUUGGUUCCGGUGUCACUUUGCGACUUGGUGCCUCCCUCAAACCCUUACAUGCUUCCACAGCUUGGACAGUCAUGUCUUCGCCAUAUAUUCUCGUACAAGCUUGAAAGUGUUGUCGCUAUGGAAUAGCUUCAAAUAACGC